AUGAUACAUUAUUCCCUCAAAUGGUUGACGAUUAUUUCAAUUAUUAUCAAUGAUUAUCUAACAAUAAAUUUCAUCCAAUGUCAAGUUAAAAAGUCUCGUCCAAUGAAAAGAAUUUAUUUUAUCAUUGAUGAUUGUGAACAUACACUGCAAUUAGGCAAUUGGUGUAAAUGGUCAAGAUGGAGUAAAUGUGAACUAGCCACAUGUACACGACUACGUUAUCGUGAAUGUAAUUGUCCUAAACCGAAAGAAUGGACAAAAGCAACUGAAUGUAAAACAUUUAAACCACAAAAUGAUUACCGAGUAAAUGAUACAAUAAUUAAACACACUCGACAUAUUCGAUUAACAAGUACUACACAAAUAGAAUGUCAAAUACCUUUAAUUCAUGAAGGUGUUUACUAUCCGGAUUGUUUUAAAUAUCAACCAAAAUCAAAAACUAUGAAAUCUUCAUCAACUAAAUUAAAAUCUAAUUUAUAUUGUAAAUUAAAAAAUGACACAGAAUUUGAAUUAUGCGCAAAAAAUGUAAUGACUUUGGAAAUUCUAACAAACGGUAUAAGAGAAUAUGAUGUUGGUGCAUGUGCUAAUUGGUAUAAAAUACUCGGCUGGAGUAUGGAGAAUUUAUCAACCAAAUCAAAAUUAAUUUAUGAUUCAUCUAGUGAAUUAGGACGUCAAUGUUCAUUUGAAACAAAUGAAUAUUAUCCAUUUUGUACUUAUUAUACAUUUUAUUCAGAGCAUACAAGAAGUGAUUUUGGACGACUUAAUAAUCUUGCAUAUAACAUAGAUAAUUGCCGUUUCGCUUGUGCUAUUCAUCAAGAAUGUAAAGCAAUUGAAUUUCUCUACGGAAUACAUUGUAUACUGGCAUUUAAAUUUGACAAAUCAACACUGUCACAAUUAACUGGGACAAUUAUUGAAGUGAAACCGAAUCAAUGUCAUCCUAAAGUAAAAGAUAAAGAUUAUAUCUAUCCAUAUGGUACUGCUGUAUCGAUUUUGCAUGAUAAAUUCAAAAAAUAA